AUGGCGAAGUCAAAACAAAAAGGAAAAGGCCCCCGCGGCGGUCUGUCUUUCAACGAAGAUGCUCUUGCAAAGCUUACCUCGAGAAUUGACCAGGGCCUGACCAACAACGAUCAGAAGCGCAAGCGACCGCCCACGAAUGCUUCGCCUGCCCAGACGACCAAGAAGCAGCGCAGCUCUGACGCUGUCCCCGCGACGAAUGGCACCAAGACUGACCAAGAAGCUCUUCUUGCGGAAAUUCUGGCACUGGGUGGUGACGAGGACGACCUUGAGCUGAUCAACGGCGUCGAUUCUGACGAUGAGGUGGUCGGCGAGAGCAAGGCCCCAGUGGAUAAGAAGUUGAGAGAUGAGCUAGCAGCUCUGUCUAAGGAGUUAGGCUUCGCCGAAUUUGCGCCUCAAGAGGCUAGCGAGGACGAGGCUGUAGAGGAGAGUGAAGAGGUAGCCGAGGAGGAUGAAGAUGACGAAGAUGAUGAGGAAGUAGCGGAAAAGGCCCCCGUCAGCCGCAAGAUGGGAAAUAUGACUUUUGAACCCCGCGCCGACUGGCAUGCCUACAAACUUGCGAAGCUGCCCUCUCCCAUCACUGACGACGUCGGUCCUUUUUUCCCCGCUAUCCAAGCUCUCAAGCAACACGCUCAAUCUUUUCUGGAAAGAGAUGCGGAUAAAUAUCGAACAAGUGUUUUUGCCUCGGCUUCACACAAGUUCUUAUCUACCAUCAUGGCCUCUGGUACCUUGACUGAUAAAGUCUCUGCACUUACUCUUGCUAUCCAAGAGUCUCCUGUGCACAACCUCCGCGCGUUUGAUGGCCUCAUGAACCUGGCUUCUAAAAAGAGUAGAGGCCAAGCUAUUGGUGCCAUUGGCGCCCUGAUCGAUUUGCUAGGCCCUGGCACUCUUCUACCCGCCGACAGACGUCUCCGCACUUUCCAAACUCAGCCGGGCCUGCUCGGCACGCUCCAGAAGCACUCCAUUAAGGCCUGGGCCCCGAACCAACCACUCCCCGGAAAGAUCAAUGAAGAGCAUCUGAUUUCAUGGAUCUUCGAAGACUGGCUGAAGGCCACAUACUUCAAGAUUAUCCAGCUGUUGGAGGGCUGGUGCUCUGACGAGAUUGAGUACUCACGCAUCAAGGCAGUGGACUUCGUCUAUGCCCUAUUGAAAGAGAAACCUGAACAAGAGUCCAAUCUCCUGACGCUACUUGUCAACAAGCUUGGCGACAGGGAAAAGAAGAUUGCUUCUCGUGUUUCGUAUCUUCUCCUGCAGCUGCAAAAUUCCCACCCCGGCAUGAAGCCUGUAAUUGUUCGCGCCGUGGAGCAAGAAAUCCUACUACACCCUUCCCAGGACUCCCGAUCCAAGUACUACGCCAUCAACACCCUAAAUCAGACUAUCCUGAGCAGUAAAGAGCCCGCAGUUGCCGAGUCACUUGUUCGCAUAUACUUUGAGCUCUUUGUCGCAAUGUUAAAAUCGGGAAGUUUGGGUAUCCCGUUGCAAAAUGAAACCGAAGCCCAGGAUGGCGAGGAGAAGAAGAAAGAAGCUCGACCUGGCAAGCCUGGAGGCCGGCCUCCUAGAAAGGGCGGAAGACCAGCCAAAGUGAUGCCAGCGGUUCCGGAGGCAGAGGCUGCUGAUAAGCUAGUCUCUGCCUUAUUGACUGGUGUCAACCGCGCGGCACCCUUCGUUGGUACAAAUGACGGAAUUUUGGAAAACCAUGUGGACACGCUCUUUAGAAUUGCCCACUCUGCCAAUUUCAACACCGGGAUGCAGGCGUUAUUGUUGAUUCAGCACUUGUCCCUCGCAAGAAGCAUAGCCACCGACCGCUUCUAUCGCACACUUUACGAGUCUCUCUUGGAUCCUCGCCUUGUCACGUCCUCGAAGCAAGCUCUGUAUCUCAACCUUUUGCUUCGGUCCCUGAAGAACGAUGUUGAUGUGCGCCGCGUAAAAGCAUUUGCCAAGAGGAUGCUACAAAUCGCUGUUCUGCAUCAGCCACCGUUUGUGUGUGGGCUGCUCUAUGUCAUUGGCCAUCUCCGCCAAACAUUCCCUGACCUGUCCACACUCAUUGAGCAGCCUGAAGAAUCGGUCUUCGACGAUGAUGAGGAUGAUAUCCAGCGCCCGGCUUACGAUGGCAGGAAGCGAAACCCGGAACAUAGUAACGCCCAGAGAAGCUGCUUGUGGGAGAUGAUUCCGAUGCUGACGCAUUAUCAUCCAUCUGUCACCGUUUUUGCGAAUGGACUUCUGGACAAGGCUGCUAAGAUGAAAAAGCCCGAUCUCGACAGCCACUCUCUCAUUCGAUUUCUCGACAAGUUUGUUUACCGCAAUGCCAAAUCGACAGACGGUGCCAAGGGUGUGUCUAUCAUGCAGCCGCUCAGAGCCACGAAAGACGCUGGUGAUAUUUGGCUGGGCAGUCGUGGUGCUGGUGCAGCCGGCACUCAAGUUAACUCCGCAGCAUUCUGGAACAAGAAGGCUGAAGAUGUCGCUGCUGAAGAUGUCUUCUUCCACGAGUACUUCCAGAAUAUUGGCAAACAACCCAAAGACAAGAAGAAGAAGGCUGCUGCUGGAGCUCAGCAAGCCGAUGAAGAAGAGGAAGAAGCUGGUGAAGAUGAAGUCUGGAAAGCACUGGUGGACGCUCAGCCUGAUAUUGAUGCCGAUGGUUCCGAUGUGGACGAAGGCUUUGAUGACUUUGAUGAGGAAGAAAUGGCUUCUCUUGACGGAUCAUCACCGGCCUUGUCUCUGGAUGAUGAUGAGUCGGACGGUGGCGUUUCCAUUGAAGGCGACGAAGACGGGUCAGACGGUCUUGUAGAGUUCAACGACGAAAACAGUGAGGAGGAAGAAGACAGCAGGAGGGAAGACAACAAGAAGAAGUCGGCGAGACGCAAGAUGAUCAAGGGCUUGCCUACGUUUGCUUCGGUGGAUGAUUAUGCAGAGCUCUUGGCAAAUGAGGAGGAGGAUAUUUAG